AUGAGUUCACAUAACCUGUUGUUACGGCUGUUCCUUGCGCCUGGUUUCUUUUCUGUUUAUCGGGCUCUUCAGUAUAUCCGUAACUAUUCGGAUAAUGUAGGCAUCACGCACUACUUGACACACAGAUUGGACCAAGUACCGACAGACGAGCUCGCGGAAACAUGGAUGCUGAUCUGUCAUUUGCUAGUCACGCGGCCCUCACAGAGUGCCGCUCUGGAGACGUUUGUUUUGCGAAAGGCCCAGGAGUCGACUGUGCUUGCGCUACUCGCGUCGCUGAAUGAUCUCGCCACUAGACGAAAUACCCAGUCAUUUGCAAUCUGCUCACGGGUGCUACAAUCGAUCACGCACAUCAUAUAUGCCGAACCGUAUUCUCAGAUCAACCCAUCGGACGGCACGUUACUCCCAUUACUUCCGCGACGAAAGGUCAAGCCGCACAUGUUGCCCGCUCUCGUCGGCAUCGGAGUCGUCCUUGCAUCGUGUCCUGGACUACCCAUUGCUGCAAACACAGUUGGCCAGACAGCAGUCGAGCAAGGUUGGUAUGUCGACCCAAAGACUCCCCCAGAGGCCACGGGAAGUAUGCCAACGACCACCCAAGCGGCGAAUGUCGAAACACCCCAAAAGAAUAUGCCACCAGAAGCCAGUCCAAGCGAGGGAGAUUCCGACUCAGAGCAGUCGGAAUCAGAGGAAGACGUCGAAGCCUAUGGCAGAGCGUUGAUUGCAGCACGGGAGGCGGCUGCGAAAGCCGAAUCUUCAGCUUCGAGUACUCUCAAUCCACCACCUUCACCAACCCUUAGUCGACGGAAUACAGUGGGCUCGCUGCGGAAACUCGACAAGCCUGAGCCACGGAUAUCACAUCGUCGUACAGCUAGCACUCGCCCUACUGCAUCUUCACCUUCCCUUCCGAAUCUCCAUUUACCUGCAAAACCUAUGCUUCGCCCACGUCCUGCUCAAUUGGCAGCGUAUCAGUCGCGCUUGCUAAGGAGCCAUUACCUCCACUCUGAAGUACAAUUUCUCCAGACUCUUUCAGCCAUCUCCGAUCGUUUGCUUGUGAUACCAAAACCUGCAAGAGUGAGUGCCCUACGAGCUGAACUCACAAAUCUGAACCACCAGCUCCCGGCAGAGAUCUGCUUGCCACUCUGGUGUAACUAUCCGAAGAAGGGUAACUUUGACACAGACACUCAAUCUCAUCACCGAAUCGUUCGUAUCCCUCCCUCAGAGAGUGUCGUUUUGAACUCGGCGGAACGGGCUCCGUAUCUCAUGCUGGUCGAGAUUCUGAGAGGAGACAUGGAUUUUAACCCUGCCACUCCGGUGAACAAAGAGUUAUUGAUGACCAUUCAGAAGAGUGGACCUUCGCCAAUUCGAGAAAUCUCGCCGGUAUCGAUUGCCCAAGAGUCCCUAAGACCGACACCGCUCAUUGGCUCCUCUGUAAACGCUCUCGAGCUUGGUGCCAUAGUGCCUCCAACACCUCUUUCACGGGAGAGUGCGCUGGACGAUGCUGAUGAAGAGGUGGACUUGGUGGAACAACUUUACGGUACCAAUCUCUCAGUGAAGACUGUUGACAUCAACCUAACGGAUUCGAUUGUGCUACCUGUCCCUCCCAAGAACAAAGCGCUCGAUGUCGCCAACUGGUCAAGGAGAAGCUCUUCUAACCCCUCGACCCCGCGCCCAUCUAGUUCUGGGCACAUUCCUGCGCAUAUUAAUCAAGGGGUCCGCCACUCUCUAUCGCUUCGCGCAUCUCCAGGAGUUUCUCCCGAUCCCUCUGCAGAGAACCCAUCUCUCUCGAAUCCGCCCCUCUCUUUGGAUGACUAUUCGAACAGAAUGGAGGCAGCGGCCGUUAUGCUUGCGCAACUCAACGCGAAUGUCGUACGAGAACCGGUAACGGGUGCCUUUGGAGAGAAGAUACCGGCACAAGAGUCUACCUCAGGUGUUCUGAGCUGGAUACCUGGAUCUGGAUGGAUAAGAGGUAGUUCGCAGCAGACUACUGAUGGCACAACGGUACCAGCAUCUCAGCUGCGAAUGCGCCUACAACCAGCUGAAGCAGCGGCUAUAAAGAAGCGAAUUAUGGAGGAGAUGAUGGCACUUGAAGAAGAACGCAUGCUUCGAAUGCAAUAUACCGACAACCCUACCUGGAGCUCACCACAAGAUACGCGCAAGACGGCAGAAGAUGAAGGGAUUGUGCGCCGCGAGCUCAAUAAGUUGGACCCAUCCGCAGCACUAUUUCAAGAGUCUUUCGCGUUGAAGAAGGCGAGAGUGAGAGCAUCCUCUCAAUAUGGGCAUCUCGCCAACUGGGACUGCAUAUCCGUAAUCGUCAAAACGGGAGCCGACCUUCGUCAGGAACAGUUAGCUGGACUGUUGAUACAAGAGUUUAGUCGUAUAUGGAGAGAGGAAAAGUGUCAAUGCUGGGUUCGAUAUUUCCGCAUACUCGUAAUGGGAAGCAAUUCUGGUCUGGUUGAAACCAUUACGGAUGCAGUGUCAAUACACAGUAUCAAGAAGGCAGAGUAUGCCAGACGGUUGGUCGAAGGAAGGUUUACAAACGUCUCCUUGCGAGACUACUUUAUCGCGACUUAUGGGGAUCCGUCUUCGGCCAAGUUUGCGCGAGCACAAAAGAACUUUGCAGUCUCGCUGGCCGGCUACUCUGUCAUCUCCUAUCUCCUGCAGAUUAAAGAUAGGCACAAUGGGAACCUACUGCUCGACCGCGAUGGGCAUAUUAUCCACAUUGACUUUGGUUUCAUUUUGGAAAGUUCACCCGGUGGGAAUCUCGGUUUCGAAGCUGCACCAUUCAAGUUGCCGCUCGAAUACGUUGACCUCUUGGGAGGGUUGGAUUCAAAGGCGUGGAAAGAGUUCAAGGAGCACUUUCGACACGGCUUCGAGACCGCGCGCAAACAUUGUGACAGCAUUAUCACCAUCGUGGAACUGAUGCAAAAGGAUUCCACGCUGCAAUGUUUCGCCGCAUUUGGCGAGCAAACGGCCCAACGACUUCGAGAUCGGUUCCAGCCGACACUUACCCAUUCGCUCGUCGGAGAACACGUCGAGAAGCUUAUCGAGGCGAGCAUAGGGUCCGCAUGGACCAGGUUGUACGACUCGGUCAGUGGCAAUCAGCUUGCAUCGUGA